AUGGCGGCGGGGGUUAGAUUUGGGAAGACGGGGGCGGGCGGAGGAGAAAGGGGACCAGGGCUUGGAGGCGAAGGAGGGACCGACCAUGACGAGGACCUUCGUGGUGCGAGGAGCUUGGAGGCGAGGCCAGAGCGCACGGUCGGUCAACACGGUGGCCUCCGCGGUGGCGAGGGCUGGCCGGUGAGGAGGCCGAAGAGGACGAAGACGGCGUGGACCCUCGGCGGGGUUCGGCGCGGAGGAGUUCUUUGGGAAGUGGGUCACGAGCUUGACGCCGAUGCAAGGGAGGGAAGGGUGGGAGGACCAGGAGGGCAUGAGGAGGAGGGAGGUAGAGGGGGCGGCGGCAGCGGAGAGGGGGUGGGAGUGGCGGAGAGGGGUGUGGACGGAGGAGGAGAGGGUGGAGCGGAAGACUGGUGGGAGAGGAUCGUGGCCGCGUGGAGGACUAGAGGAGGUGGGCGUGGGUGGGGGUGA